ACUUAGGUCCAAACAAGAAAAGGAGAAUGGAAGUGAAUAGCAAUGCAGUUGAAUGUUCAAAGAUGGAAGAGUAUGAAGUGAUAGAACAGAUUGGUAGAGGAGCUUUUGGAGCUGCAUUUCUUGUUUAUCACAAGUUUGAGGAAAAAAAGUAUGUAAUGAAGAAGAUUCGUUUGGCUAAACAGACAGACAAGUUCAAACGCACUGCCCAUCAAGAGAUGAAUUUGAUACCCAAGCUGGAUAACCCUUAUAUUAUUGAGUACAAGGAUGCAUGGGUAGAGAAGGACUCCUUUGUCUGCAUUGUUACAAGCUAUUGUGAAUGUGGAGACAUGGCUAAUAUGAUUAGAAAAACCAGAGGAACAUUUUUCCCUGAAGACGUAAGAAAAAUAAGAAUAAAUUUCCAACAAAACACAAAACGGAUUUUGAUUCAGUUGUUACUGGAUCUCGAUUACCUUCACUCGAAUCGUGUUCUUCACAGAGAUCUUAAAUGUUCUAACAUUUUCCUUACCAAAGACGACGAAAUCAGACUUGGUGACUUUGGAUUAGCCAAACUGUUGAAUAAAGAUGAUCUCGCCUCUUCGAUUGUGGGUACUCCAACAUAUAUGUGUCCUGAGCUUCUAGCAGAUAUACCUUAUGGAUAUAAAUCAGACAUAUGGUCUCUAGGUUGUUGUAUGUUUGAAAUUUCUGCCCAUCAAGCUGCAUUCCGUGCUACGGAUAUGGCUGGGCUAAUCAACAAAAUAAACAGAUCUACUAUAUCUCCACUUCCAACCAUAUAUUCUUCUACAUGGAAAUGACUGAUUAAAAGCAUGCUAAGAAAAAGCCCAGAACAUAGACCUACGGCUGCAGAGUUGUUAAGGCAUCCACAUUUACAACCAUAUCUUGCUAAAUAUCAGAACUUGUCACCAGCAUUUGUUCAAGUAUGUUCUAAGAAGGAAUCAAAACAGAAUAUUCCUGAUCAAACUCGCGAGAAUUCAACUUCCAACGAUAUUAGACAAGCAAAACAACACAAGAACGUUGUUGCAGUUGAUAUAGUUGUUCAUGAAUUCAAAGGUAAUACGUGUAAGAUUGAAAAAAUUAACGUUCAGACAAAGAAAAAUGGAAAUUUGGACAUAUCCGUCAAGAAAAGUGAAAGCACAAAUUCCAUAAGCUCUACAAGAAGUACCUUAACUGAUAAUACAAUUGAAGGUACAAAAUGCUUUUUUAAGAAAUCAGGAAUACCAAAACCAUAUGUUGAAGUUACUUCAAAUGCCAAUAAAGUUAGAGCAAAAGACAUUGAUCAUCUAAGUACUAAUCAGAAUACAGAACAACACGAUGAUCACAAACGAGCAUCGAGUGAUACUUCAGUAAUAAGCAAUGGAAGGGAAGAAGCAUUAGAGUCAUUACUUGAACUUUGUGCAGAGUUACUUAAGCAUAAAAAGCUAGAGGAAUUAGCUGGUGUGCUAAAACCAUUUGGUGAAGAAGUUGUUUCUUCUAGAGAAACAGCAAUAUGGUUGACAAAAGGAUUAAUGAAUCUUCAAAAUCCGAAGUGAAGAAGCUUAGAGUGCCUCCUAGGUUGUUGAGAUUUUUUU